AUGCCUCCCUCAUCUCGACACAGCGCGCAUUCUUCGCACCAUCCUCAUGCCGGUUCAAGGGAUCUGCACCACUCUGCUGGCGGCCCACCACCUCCUCAACAAGGCGGUCCUGGCAUGGGCCCUGGACCCGGCAACGGUCCCAUGCAUCACCCUCAUUCACCCUACGCUCAGACCAUGCCACCGCCGCCCGGUUUGCCUCCACACGCCAUGAACGGUGUCAACGGACCUCCUUCGGCCCACGGUGGACCACCACCUCGUAUGGUCAUGGCAGAUGGACCGGGCGGCGCCGGUGGCCCACCGCCUCCGCCGCCUCACAUUCCUCGAUCCUCAUCAGCUCAGAGUCGCAUCAUGGAAGCUGGCGGUGCGCCUGCUGGCCCUCCUGCUUCGUCGUCUCCAGCGGUGCAGAAACUGUCGCUCGCUAACGAGGCUGCUUGGGUCUCACCCAUCGCUGGCGUCCAUCGCACCUUGGACAAUUUUGAAAAGGCCCUCGACUACUUUCAGCGCGUGCUCAACAUUGUGCCCGAGAACGGCGGCACCUGGGGUUCUAUGGGCCACUGCUACUUGAUGACGGACGAUCAGAACAGCAAUGACGAUGGGCAAGACGACGUACAUCUGGCAUUAGGACAUAAAUAUGCCGCGUGGUUUCUAGGAAGAAAACCUGCGAAAUAG